CUGAUGACCAGGUGGCGAAUCGCAUCUCUGCAUGUCUGGCAGACAUAUCAGUGUGGAUGACGGAUCACCACCUCAAGCUGAACCUCAGCAAGACGGAGCUCCUCUUCCUCCCGGGGAAGGACUGCCCGUUCCAUGAUCUCGCCAUCACGGUUGACAACUCCAUUGUGUCCUCCUCCCAGAGCGCUAAGAACCUUGGCGUGAUCCUGGACAACACCCUGACGUUCUCAACUAACAUCAAGGCGGUGUCCCGUUCCUGUAGGUUCAUGCUCUACAACAUCCGCAGAGUACGACCCUGCCUCACACAGGAAGCAGCGCAGGUCCUAAUCCAGGCACUUGUCAUCUCCCGUCUUGAUUACUGCAACUCGCUGUUGGCUGGGCUCCCUGCCUGUGCCAUUAAACCCCUACAACUCAUCCAGAACGCCGCAGCCCGUCUGGUGUUCAACCUUCCCAAGUUCUCUCACGUCACCCCGCUCCUCCGCUCUCUCCACUGGCUUCCAGUUGAAGCUCGCAUCCGCUACAAGACCAUGGUGCUCGCCUACGGAGCUGUGAGGGGAACGGCACCUCAGUACCUCCAGGCUCUGAUCAGGCCCUACACCCAAACAAGGGCACUGCGUUCAUCCACCUCUGGCCUGCUCGCCUCCCUACCACUGAGGAAGUACAGUUCCCGCUCAGCCCAGUCAAAACUGUUCGCUGCUCUGGCCCCCAAUGGUGGAACAAACUCCCUCACGACGCCAGGACAGCGGAGUCAAUCACCACCUUCCGGAGACACCUGAAACCCCACCUCUUCAAGGAUUACCUAGGA